GUCCUCACACAUAGCUUCAUUCUCAUGGUCACCUCAUGGUCUGAUGUGACUGCUAGAGUGUAAUUCAUCUCCUCUACGUUCCAGGCAGCAGAACAAAGGAAGGGAAGGAGCUUGGGGAGAGGAGGAGGAGCACACAAUGACACACUUCUUAGCUGAAUUAAUUCCCUUUAAGGAGCCUUGCUGGAAGUCCAGGACAAUAUUUCCAACACUUACGUUUAUGUCUUACUGGCCAGAACUUAGUCCCAUGGCCUUAUCCAGCUUUAAGGAAGACUUGGAAAUGUAGUUUUGUGUUUAUUAUUAUUUUUUAAUUUGAGGUAUAAUUUGAUGUAUAAUUUGCAUGCAGUGCAAUGCACAGAUCUCAUAUAGUUUGAUAAGUUCUGACAAAUGCAUACACCCAUGUAAGCCACCUCCCUAUCAAGAUACAGAACAUUCCAUCAUCCCUAGAAAUUCCCUUGCCAUCCUGCUGAGGAGACUUUCAACAACUCCAAAGAGAGAGGUAAUGAGGGCUUAAUUAGGGUAGUAGCCCUUGGAGAGGUGGUGGAAGGAGAAUCCAAAGGAGACUGGUUGAUGUGGGAGAUGAGAGGAGAAUCUAGGAGAAUGCUAACAGCAGAGCCACUAACAGAAACUAACAGAAAACAGAAAAUAGGGAAUUCUAGAUUGUUACAGAUGGGAUGGAUGGAGAAAAAGGAAAGAGUACAGUAUUGGGUGUGUUGAUUUGACGUGCUGGUCAAACAUCCAGGUGGAGAUACCCAGUAGGCAGUUGUAUCUAGAGCUUGGGAGGGCAUUCAGAGCUCAAUGGCAUCAAAUACGAGAGAGAUGCUAAAGAGGACAAGGGACCAAGAAAUGACCCAAGAAUUUGGUGACUGAGCUCACUGAUGACUUUCUGAGGGAGCAGAAUUCAGAUGCCAUGGCCUGAGUGGGCAUUGAGGGCUUAAAUCGUACAAAAGGGGACUGGUUGCAUUGUCUGAAAUAAUUUAAAACCCCUUUAAGAAACUGAAAUCCUUGGGGUACCUGGCUGGCUCAGUCUGUAGAGCAUGAGACUCCCAUCUUGGCGUCAGUUGAAGCCCCAUAUUGGGCAAAAUAAAAAUAAAAUCCGAGGUCCUUGCACAAACAAAUGGGUUAUAGGUAGCUGCCCUUUUUACAUGCUUGCUGAUAAAGGAGGAGGGAUAUGUUGGUGUCAGGAAAAGAUAAGGCAUUCACCCAUCCUUACAGGAAAAUAGCUCCUGGCUCUAUGAAAUUAGCUUUCCAAAGAACAGGGAGAUGAGACAGCUCCCUGCCUCCUAUGACCUCCAGAAUUCAAGCUGAAGGGCUGGAGGUGGGAGAGGGAUGCCCUCUUUAACAACUGCUGGGUGGGGUGGGCCAACCAGACACUGCCAGGACAGGUGUGAAGAGACCUAUAUCUUCAGAGGAAAGAAAGCAAACACGCUGGACUCAGGCAAUCCUGGGCUUGAAUCUUGUCUCUGUCGCCACCUAGCUAGAAGACCUUGGGCAAGUUACUUAACCUGAACACCCAGCUCCGCAUCUGUAAAAUGGAGACAAUUAUGCCUGCUUUUCAGGGUGGUUUUGAGGAUUACAGAAAAGUGACUGGCACACAGUAGGUCAUCGUAAGUGGGUGCUAUUAAGUGAUCCAGCCCCUCGCUAUGGGACAGAACGGCUAACGGAUGGGUCCUAAAACGCGACCUUCGAUCUUAGAGGGUAGGGAGGGCUCCCGGCGGCCUCCUCCCUCCAGGAGGUGGGGACAAGGUGGAGGAAGGGCUGCUGGAGGAGGAGCUGCAGCGUCGCGACCCGCCCCGUCCCGUCCAGUCCGGCCUGGGCGCCGAGGGAACCGCUGUCCUAGCCGUCGCCCCCUGAGCAGCCUGUCCUGGUGCCCCGUGCCUUGGCCCGCGUCCAGUCAUGACCCUGCGCCCCUCACUACUCCCGCUCCGUCUGCUACUGCUGCUCAGUGGGGCGGUGUGCCGCACUGAGGCUGGGUUUGAAACCGAAAGUCCCGUCCGGACCCUCCAAGUGGAGACCCUGGUGGAGCCCCCCGAGCCGUGUGCGGAGCCCGCUGCCUUUGGAGACACGCUCCACGUACACUACACGUUCCGCCCCGGUGCAGAGAAGCGGAGGGUGGGGAGAGCUCCGAGAAGUGCUAGCCCUUUGGGGCUUCCUGUUGCUUUCUGCCCAGAGGGGACUGCUGGGCUGCAGCUGCGAGGGGGGUGCCGCCGCCGCCCGGGGGCCCAGCCUAAGCCCUUCUUCGCCUCCUCAAGCCCUGAAAUACAUUGGAAAUGCCCCCCAGGACUCUACCGGUCACCUCCUGAGGUUCAAAUAUGGCUUCUAACACUCCUUUUGCCCCAUGCCCCACUGGCAACCAGGGAUUUGAGCAGUGGGGAGCUCAGUUGAGGGUCGUAGGGAGCCUUAGAUCCUCCUCUCCUGGGAUUUGGGGAAUGUAGGUAGCUUCCUGUUCAGUUGUGUCUUC